AUGGCCCAGCCUCAGCCUCACGUUCCUCAUCCUAAACCUUCCAUGGAAAGCUUGACCUCGCAACCACCUGCACAGAAAGAGAAGAGAAGACGGGACCGCAAAGAUAGGCCUUGCGAUGCCUGUCGAAGGCGAAAGAGCAAAUGCGUAAUCAAUGAGGGUCAGACCGUGUGCGCGGCUUGCGCCAUGCACGGGCAGAAAUGCACCUACGUCGAGGAUCCUAGGCCGCGAAAGAGACGGGUAGAUACUGAAGGUCAGCCAGAGGGUGCGAAGAGAAGAGCUCCGACAAGUAACGAUUCAAAAGGCGCGACGGCUACGGUCAAAAUCAAGCGUGAGGGUUCUGACGGGUCUUCCUCCUCGACUGCGUCACCGGGCAAUUGGCACUAUCAUGGUUCGCACGUCGGAUACACUACAGAGCUCGAGCCGAUGUUGUUUGACCUCUCACGAGGUGCUGGAUCUGCACCCUGGAGUGCGAACUACCAGAAAUCGGACGACCGCAAUGCGUUCCUCACUUUCGGUGACGAAGAUCAAAUAAGUCCGCAGCUUACAGCAACUCAAACUGUCGAGAAGCUCGUCGGAUCCAACGGACCAUUGUUGCUGCAGCAUUUCCAAAACAAUAUCAGCCGAAGCUUUCCAAUUGUGGAAGCAGCAUCACUAUCAUCCGGACAAAGAAAGAGUAUCGACCCUGCCUUGCUUUGCGCUAUCUACACAGUCUCCGCUUCUUCGCCUGGCUUCACUCCGGAUAGGAAACGACCGCUGGAUGUGUAUCAGCUCGAGGACCUUUCCCUGAAUCUCAUCAACGACUCGUUGAACAAGGCGACAUUGUCUACCAUCCAAGCUGGGUUACUACUCAUGCAACGAUCUGACUUCGAAUCCAAAACCCUCAACACUCAGCUCGUCAGCGCCACAUUCGAGCUCGGACUACAUCUCGAUUGCUCAUCCUGGACAUUAUCAGAGGAAGAGAUUGGACUGAGGAAACGCCUGGCAUGGGCGAUGUAUAUGCAGGAUGUGUGGUGUUCUCUCGUGCAUGGGCGACCAGCCCUAAUCUCGAAGGCGCAUUGGGCUGUGAAAGAUCUAUACGAUGAGGAUUUUGGGUCUCAAGACGACUCAAGGGAUGCGAUAAUCGAAGAACGCAAGCGCGGGCUAGAGUGCUUCUGUCAAAUGGUCACUUUGACUCAGAUCCUGUCCAACAUCCUCGAUACGUUUUAUACGCAGAGAGCAAUCCAAGACUACGACGAUGCUGGGGAGAAUGGAACAAGACUCAUACUCGAGCGAGCGAAGCCUAUUCAGAUGAAGUUGAAGGACUGGUUUACACAGCUGCCAAAGACCCUGAAGUUGGACAACGGAGAGGCCACGUCGAUGAUAGGUCAUCUCCACCUUGCAUAUUUUGCAACGGAGAUUACCCUCCAUCGCUGCAUCAUCCGCUCACUCGCCAACUGUGGUGGAGACAAUUAUCUCACUUUUAUCUGUCGAGGCGCUGCAAAAUCUCGACUUAUCUCGGCCAUGGACUUUGUCAACCGCCUUCGCUCCGAUCACCUGACAUCAUUCUGGUACUUUCCCAGCAAAGUCAACUUCGCCCUCGUAGCUACGUUCGGCAGUCUCCUCCUUGCAACAGCCCCGUGUCAAGAGGAGGCAGAAUUCUACCGGGCUCGUUUGAGCGAAUAUCGUUGGACACUCACGGUCAGCGCGAAGAAUGCAGGCUUCCUCAACUUCGCGAUCGAAUCCCUCGAAUCCUCAACCGACCUUCUGAAAGCGCUACCCUUGAAACCAAAGAUCGAGGAACUAGACCUUCGUCAAAUCCCAACUCCGCAAUUACCUAUACCCUUCCUCAUCCCACCUCAAGAAGCAGACGAAGAUGGCAGCGACGUUGAUGACAUAAUGACCGACGUCGUUGGAGUGGAACCAAUCCACAGCAGCAAUUUCCAAAAUCACGACGAUUUCGGGGCAUCAUACUCGGGCUGGGGUGGGCAACCUAUGAGUCCAGUCACGGAGGAUACGGAAGCUCCGUUCUUCCUGCAGACGAAUAAUCCGAAUGCGAGUGGGCCGUUUGCGGGGACGGCGUUUGAGGACUUGACGGCGAGGAAUUGGUUUGAUAUUAGUCAUCAUGGGAGUCCGGAGAUGGACGAGGGGUUUUAUACGUGA